CAUUCCAUCUACAUUGGGGUGCCAGUGCCACGUGGCUACAGGAGAAAGAGGCGCAGGAGGAGAUCGUCGUCCAGUCGGGACAAGAACGGCGACAGUGAGAGGCAUUAUGAGCGCCAGGACCGCUCAGACACAGACGAUGGGGGCAGGAUCAGCUAUGAGAAUGGAAACGACAAUGCCAGCAGGACUAUGUCUCCAGCGGCUGAACGCCUCCGGUAUAUCCUGGGUGAAGAUGACGACCCCCCCAACCCCACCCUCUUCACUGAGAUGGACACGCUCCAGCAUGACGGAGAGGAAAUGGAGUGGAAGGAAUCAGCCAGGUGGAUCAAGUUUGAAGAGAAGGUAGAAGAAGGAGGGGAGAGAUGGAGCAAACCACACGUGUCAACCUUAUCUUUGCAUAGCCUCUUUGAGCUACGCACUUGCCUGCAGACGGGGACCGUGAUGCUCGAUCUAGAUGGCUACUCCUUGCCGCAAAUAAUAGAUGAUGUCAUUGAGAAGCAGAUAGAAGACGGCCUGCUGAAACCAGAACUGCGCGAGAAAAUAAGCUACGUGCUCCUGAGAAAACACCGUCAUCAGACCAAGAAACCCAUCCACCGAUCCCUGGCAGAUAUUGGCAAAUCUGUCUCAAACACAAAUCGUAGCCCUGUCCGGAGUCCAGCUGCAGGGGCCAGCCUUCAUCGUUCGUCAGAAGAUCUCAGAAUGAGGCAGAGCGCAAGUUAUGGGCGAUUACGCCAUGCACAAAGCAGAAGCAUGAACGACAUCACAGAUACACCAAGCACAGAUCAGCUCAAAAACAAAUUCAUUAAGAAGAUCCCCAAAGAUGCUGAGGCCUCCAAUGUCCUUGUGGGAGAAGUGGACUUCCUGGACAAGCCAUUUGUAGCGUUUGUCCGGCUCAUUCAGUCGACCAUGCUGGGUGGAGUGACAGAAGUGCCUGUCCCAACGAGAUUCCUCUUUAUCCUCCUGGGUCCCACUGGAAAGGCAAAAUCCUACAAUGAAAUUGGCAGAGCCAUCGCCACCCUCAUGGUAGAUGAUCUGUUCAGCGAUGUCGCCUACAAAGCUAGAGACAGAGAUGACCUGAUAGCUGGAAUAGAUGAGUUUCUGGACGAGGUCAUCGUUCUGCCGCCUGGAGAGUGGGACCCAAACAUUAGAAUAGAGCCACCCAAGAAAGUGCCCUCUGCCGAGAAGAGAAAAUCUGUGUUUUCCCUGAGUGAGGCUGGACAAAUGAAUGGCACGGCCGGAGGAGCCGGAGGCGGAGGGGGCGGAGGGGGCGGUGGUGGGGGAGGCAGCGAAGAUGACGAGAUGCCAGCUGUGCAUGAGAUUGGGGAGGAGCUUAUCUGGACUGGAAGGUUCUGUGGUGGCCUAUUUUUGGAUAUCAAGAGGAAGCUGCCCUGGUUUCCCAGUGACUUCUAUGAGGGCUUUCACAUCCAGUCCAUCUCUGCCAUCCUCUUCAUCUACCUUGGCUGCAUCACAAACGCCAUUACGUUUGGCGGGCUGCUGGGGGAUGCGACAGAAAACUACCAGGCAAUCAUGGAGAGCUUUCUUGGCACAGCAAUGGCCGGGGCCGUGUUCUGCUUCUUUGCUGGGCAGCCCCUCAUUAUCCUGAGCAGCACAGGACCAAUCCUGAUCUUUGAAAAACUUCUCUACGAUUUCAGCAAAGGCAAUGGCAUUGACUACAUGGAGUUUCGCCUCUGGAUCGGCUUGCACUCUGCUCUCCAGUGCCUUAUCUUGGUAGCUACAGAUGCCAGCUUCAUUAUAAAAUACAUCACACGGUUCACUGAGGAAGGGUUCUCCACUCUCAUUAGCUUCAUCUUCAUCUACGACGCCAUCAAGAAGAUGAUUGGAGCCUUCAAGUACUACCCCAUCAAUGCAGGCUUCAAGCCAGACUACGUGACAAUGUAUAAGUGCGAGUGCAUUGCUCCAGACCCAGUGAAUACAACAUUGUUCAAUGCUUCAGUUCCACUGGCCCCAAACAACACUAACAUUUCUGUGUACAAUCCUAUUAAUGUAACAGCUCUGGACUGGACCCAGCUGAGCAAAAAGGAAUGUCUGAAAUAUGGAGGAAGUCUGGUGGGGAAGUCCUGCAAAUUCGUCCCUGACCUGGCCCUCAUGUCUUUCAUUCUCUUCUUUGGGACUUAUUCCAUGACUUUGACUCUGAAAAAAUUCAAGUUCAGUCGCUACUUUCCUACAAAGGUCAGGGCCCUGAUUGCUGAUUUUUCCAUUGUCUUCUCCAUCCUGUUCUUCUGUGGAAUAGAUGCCUGUCUGGGACUGGAUACUCCCAAAUUGCAUGUGCCCAGUAUAAUUAAGCCCACUCGCUUAGACCGUGGAUGGUUUGUGUUCCCAUUUGGCAAGAAUCCCUGGUGGAUCUACUUGGCCAGCGCGCUCCCCGCUCUCUUGGUCACCAUCCUGAUCUUCAUGGACCAGCAAAUUACAGCCGUCAUAGUGAACAGGAAGGAGCACAAGCUCCGGAAAGCUGCAGGCUAUCAUCUGGACCUCUUUUGGGUGGGCAUCCUUAUGGCGGUCUGUUCAUUCAUGGGGCUACCAUGGUAUGUAGCAGCCACAGUCAUUUCCAUCGCACACAUUGACAGCUUAAAGAUGGAGACAGAGACCAGUGCACCAGGAGAGCAGCCUCAGUUCCUGGGAGUGAGGGAGCAGAGAAUCACGGGAAUCAUUGUCUUUGUUCUGACUGGGAUAUCUGUCUUCCUGGCUCCUAUUCUAAAGUACAUCCCAAUGCCUGUGCUGUAUGGAGUUUUCCUCUACAUGGGAGUGGCCUCGCUAAAUGGCAUCCAGUUUUGGGAUCGCUGCAAGCUCUUCCUGAUGCCAGCCAAACACCAGCCUGACUACGUCUACCUCAGGCAUGUCCCUCUGCGGCGAAUCCACCUGUUCACCAUGGUUCAGAUUGUCUGUCUGGCUGUCCUCUGGAUCCUGAAAUCCACUGUGGCAGCCAUAAUCUUCCCUGUGAUGAUUUUAGCCUUGAUUUUAGUCCGGAAGAUGCUAGACCUUGUCUUUUCCCAACAUGACCUCGCAUGGAUUGAUAACAUCAUCCCUGAAAAGGAUAAGAAGAAGGAGGAUGACAAGAAGAAGAAAAAGAAGAAAGGCAACAAAGGGGAGGAUGAUAGCAGUGACGAGCCCAAGCUUCCCACUCCCUCUGUCAUAACCAUCCCACUGGACCCUGUCCCAUCCGAACCCCAAAACAGUAUGCAUUGCAUUUCCAAAGGCUCCAGUUCAGUGGAGUCAUCAGAGGCCGCCCUACCAUGAGCAAGGUGAGAGGCAGCAGAGUUUGGAUGCUGUUACCGGUGGCAGCAGAGUGGGAGUCAAGCCAGUGUGGUGCUUUGAGGGCAAAGUCUGCCCAACAGUUCACCAGCUGCCAGGAGUCCCGCUGAGAGGGGUGGGAGCUGGGGCAGAGCAGCAGGGGUGACACUCCCUUCAGUUGGGCUUGCACAGAUGGAUUGCUUGUGCCCCAUGUUAAUUUCUGGAAGUGGGGGUGCCAACAGGGGCCCAGAGGUCAUGAGCUCCCAGAAAUCUCAUGGUGUGUCAUGUUCUCACUGAGCCCACACUCCCCGCCCUAAAGCACUCCCGGGGCCAGAGGGGUGGGGUGGGGUGAGGCUUUUGCAUUUUGGGGUGGCUUCAAGCCACUUCUUUUAAAAGACUAUUGGAAGAAUGUAGUUCUACUAAAAUUGGUUGAGGGCAGGGCAUGCAAAUUUCAUUAAAUCCAAAAUCCUUUUUCACUAAACAGUUCCUUCCAAGAAAGUGGUCAGUGAUGGAUGGAGGCACCUUGGGAAUGGGUGAUGAGAACUUGGUUGGAAACCAGCUGGGCUUUUCCUUCUGCAGCUCUUCUUCUCUCUUAUUCAUUUCAUGCUUUCCUCCUCCCUCUGCCUUGAAACACUUUCAUAGCCAUCUCUGUUUCUCUGCAGGAAAGAGGUCUUCCAGCUGCAGCUUUGCGUUCUGAUGCAUCUCCUAACGGGUCAGACCUGGAUCGCAGUAUUACACUUCACCUGAAGAUUUCCUGCCCAUCUUCUCCUGCAUUUAAUUACUCUCGAAAUCCCAUCUGUGCUGUGCCCCAGGUGAAGAUAGAGAUGGAGUCAGAUUAUGAAGACACUGACACAGAGAAGCACCCCCGGGACAUGGGCAGCGAGACCACUCUAUAGUCCCAGGAAUGGGGGGUCCUUUGUAUGUAUAGAGAUAUAUAUAUAUAUACACAUUUAGCAUCAGAAAAUUAGACAGUCUGUGACAUUCCAUCCUGCUUGGUCACGUGCCAUGAUGACCCUAGAUCUCCAGCUUAAGAUCCAUCCAAGCAACAUGGAAAUAGGACUUUAAAAGUCUGUGGGAACAAAGGAACUUAUUAGAACUUGAGCUCCUUGGAUGGAUGAACAGUAUCAUUUUUGGACUUGGAUGUCUUCAGUCAGCUCUUCCCUGUGGUCUGCAGCAGUUCCUUCCAAUUGGACCUGCUGGUCUUUUCCUCUGAAGGCUCAUGGAUUUCAGUAGGACAUCUCUCAGUGGAGCUAGUAGCUUUUUUAUUCACUUUGUAGCUAAGCGUAUAAAACCUUCCACUCCUGUAGAAAAAGCCUCUCUCUCACUAUCAACCAUAGUAUUGCAGAGGCAGGAGGAGCCGGAUUACUGCCAUCUUCAAAUGACGUAUCAUUUAUCUGAAUGCUGCACAUGCUUGUUGACGAAGGCGGAGGAGCAACAGAAUCCAGUUGCAGCAAAGCAGAUUUGGACUUCUGAUGACUCUCAACAAUUUGCCCAAGGAGACACUUCCUGUGGAAUUCCUUCAUGAGAAAUGCUGGUUGUUUGUGCAUUUACCAUGAAGGCCCCAAGCUGGUUCCAAGACAAUGGUCACCUUCGCCAUCUGAACACGAGGAAAUGUGGGUUUAGUGAAUGAGUUUAGUGAAUGAGUGUUUUCUGUUAAGAGCUGGGGGUUCCCAGCAUGGCAUCCCUGGCCAACCAUAGUGCCAUGAGAUACCUCCCUCGGUGUGUGCCAAUACCACUGUCCCCAAGAAAUUGGAGGGUGGGCUUUAACAGCCUAACACCCCUUUUAAGGGACUCAAGUCCCCCAAGUUUGUUAUCAUAGAGUUGGAAUGGACCAACCCCCUGCAAUGUAGGAAUAUGCAGCUGCUCCAUACAGGGACUGAACCUGCAAUCUUUGCAUUAUCUGCACUAUUGCUCUAACAAACUGAGCUAUUAUUGGUCAAGAGAAGAAUGAGCUGAGGCAGGAUCCAGUGAAAGCAAGGCAGAUCUUUAUUAUUCUGUUGCAACAGAAGUCCCCCUCCCCCACUCUGCUUGGUAGGAGGUGAGGACCCAGAUCAAAGGAGCACAAGAACUUUUAAAGGCUUUAGAAACUGUCCCUUAGCCAAGGACCACCCAAACAGCAUCACACACGUGUCACAGAAAAAGACGGUCUACAACAGAAAUGUGAGUGUGUGGUUUGUCACCUGGCUGUCAAGCUAUCUGAUAGUUUGCUGAUUGCUGUUGGCCUUAACUGGCUUAAAGAUCAUUCUUUCUACUUGUCAGAAAAA